AUGUCUGCCGCGGGCCCUGCGAGCCCCCAGGGGAACAGUCGGCCUAGCUGGCAAAAGCAGUUAGAGGACCAUUGCAAAGAGUUUAGCCUGGCAGCCCCCGUCUUCAAUAUCGUGUCUGAUCGCCGAGGAGGUAGAACCGCCUGGUCCAGCACCGUCACCGUCGCUGGCCGAAGCAUUGCCGCGCGAUACUGGUACGACGGCCAGUACAUCAACAACGCCAAAGAAGACGCUGCCGAGGUUGCCCUGAUGCAAUUGAAAGCCCAGACGCUCUCGUCGACGACCUAUCCGGGACAGUUCCAUGGCUGA